AUGGAAAGCAGCGCUACGCGUUUAAAAGCGACUCAUAAAGAUCUUGCCAAGUGGUUUGAAGAGACGUACAACCAGCCGAUUGACUGGGCCUCGAUAACCCGAAUCCUCUCGCCGAAAUACGCGUUUAUCGAUGAGCUAGCACCGCAUCAAUUGAAGGAUAAAAGACGCCGUACUGAGCAGUGGCCGGAGUUAGAAAAAGCUGUUAUGGACUGGAUAAGACUAGCUGAGGUAGAAGCACCCAUCUCACAAGAAUCUACACGCUAUAAAGCACAGCAAUACUGGCCACAUCUUUAUCCUAAUAACCCGGUACCCUCAUUCAGUAAUGGGAUCAUCCAAGCCUGGAAAGCUUUAUGGAAGCGACAAUGGGUUCGAUAUAUUGUCGACGAAUUUGAUCGUGGCAUUGACCCUCUAUCUAUAAUGACAAUUCUUCGUGCUGUGCGCUGGGUAGUCAAUAUAUGGGAAGAUCAAGUAACAUCAACAACAAUUACUAAUUGCUUUAAAAAAGCUCUUCAUGAUGAAACUGAAGCCGAGCUCGAGACCGCAAUACUGAUACAGGACCUGCAGCUCACAAAUCGGGUUCAAGAUGUCAUGGAUAUCCGCCAAUUUUUGAAUCCGCUGGACGAGCAGGUCAAUGAUUCGAUAAUGGAUAUUGAUGCUAUUGUUUUGAGCUAA